UACAUGAAUAAUCGAAAAACUUUUGCUCAUCGUAAAAUAUAAACAUUCAUCUCGCGCGUCAAUAGAGAGAGAGAGAGAGAAGAGUUUUGCACAUCUCGGCAAUUAUAACAAUCAAAUGUAUUUUAAAUAAUAAUAAUGACAAAUAAAACAAAUAACACGUGCGUAUUUUCCUGUUCUCGGAAUUUUUGUUUUCAAUCUAAAAACAAUUAUUUCUUGCAAUCAAGCGCAGAUGCUUUGUACAAAGAUAACUCGCUAAUUUUUAUUGCACGUAACGAGAAAAAUCGAUUGCAAAAAAAAAAAAGAGGAUAUAGAGUCGAAGAUUGACCUCACCGGAAUUAACUUUUGCCGGCAUGUCAGUCCGUGCGAAGAACAGCCGUCACGUGCCAGGAGUUUAUAAAAAAAAAAAAAAGCAAUCGCGCGACCUCGCUAGAGACAAUCUCGGCAAGUCGGGCAAGUCCAUGCAAAGGUGCAACAGUUGGAGUCAAGGCGAGGUAGCGCAUAGUUUCUCCUUGCGUCUUGAAAUCGAUAUUCGCGAUUAACCGCGCGAAAAGUACGUAAAUACGAGAAAAUAGCGAGAAGUCGCUCGUAUUCGACCGCGGGUCGCGAAUCACCUCGCAUCGUACAACCCUCGAAGCGACUCUUCUUAUUUUUUCUUCUUUUUCUCUCUUUCGGGGGUGAGACGCAGCUCCGCCUCGUUGCAGAGCGCGCGGUAGCGCGCGAUUUAUUAUUUAGCGGGAAUAUAAUCGAUGGCUUACGGAUUAUACCGUGUAACCGGUGUAGAUCCUUCGCAAUAGUCGUCAUUUUCGCGAUGGUGCCCGCGUCGCGAAGCAGGAAGAGCCGCACGUUCCCUACCGCCGCUGCGAAUCGGCGGCUCGUGAAGUUUCUCGGGUGAAAAUAACGAAAAAAAAGAAAAAAAAAACGGUCGUUCGUUCGUUGUGCGACGAAAUCAUGCUGGCGAGAUUCAGAAACAGCUUUCGCUGCGUCCUGCCGAGAUGCCCGACUGUCCGUAUUCCAGGGAUGGAGAAGCCGGAGUCCUCCGGGGAGGCCGAGAGCGCCGUCGAGCUCGAGGAUCGGGAUCCCAACAGCCUCAACCAGCAUCUUCAGGUGAUGUGGGAUGACGUGAUCGGAGAACCGGAGGGCAUCCGCAGUCCCGAAUGCGCCUGGCGACUCAGCGGCCACUGCUUCCGAUUAUCACGGGGAUGCUGUUACGUGUUCAUGUCAGUUCUUGUGGCACCUCUGCUCGCCCUCUGUUUGGGAUUCACGUUCGCCUGCCUCGCGUUCCAGCAUAUAUGGUGUGUGGCUCCGUGUUUGCGCGUGUGGAAGAUCACGUGCGCGGCGACGCGAAAUUUCCUGGCGGCACUGACGCAGGCGGUGAUUCGACCGAUCGUGGAGGCGUUCGGCUACCUCUGCCACAAUAUUCGCGUAUUCAAUCAAAAGCUACCGGACGGUCCCAUUAUAAAAGAAGACUUGCUGGUCGUGUGACUUUGAUUAGAAUUCGCGGUAGCUUUUUUAGCUCUUUAUUUUUUGUUCCCUCGCUAUCAGUUUUUUAAUAUUCACUUUAACACGACGUUAAAUACAUAUGUAUAUAGCGCAUUAAUCGUGACGCGCGUUUAAAGCGCAUUUAAAGCGAAAAUCGUUUAAAUUAACUUCUUCGGUCUAGUCUAGUCUCUCUGCAAAAAGGAGUCGACAAUUUCUCGACUAAAUAAAAACAAGUUAUUAUUAAUAAUAAUGAACGUAUAUUGCGAAUCGUUUUCUAUAAAAAUAUAAAU